AUGUCGAUAAUCACUCAACUCGUCACAGCAACAGCUAUUGCAACCUUUUCACCCACUGUCCUGACCGACACCGUCACAUGCUACAUAGCCACCACGCUGCCUGCGUCAGCUGGUCAAACUGUGACCAUCAACCUCCCACCCGUCGUUCCUCCACCUAUGCCGACGACGAAAUACACACCAUCACCUCCGACUGCAGCCACGGUCACCGCGGUAGUCACAGCUACUAUGAUAGAUGUUUUUUUGCAGGACCUCAAAAGUGUCAUCUACUCUACCUGGGUUGUGUCACUGAAUCCCACCGCAAUCCCAGCUGCGAGCGGUACUCCGGCACCAUUGGUGUAUGUGGUCGAGCCGCAGAACGAUGGUGGAUGGGACACCUGGUCAACAGAUGCACGAGUCGGUUUGAUAAAGGUCAAACUUGUGGUUUGUACACCGUUGGCCCUGGAGUCGACCCAUGGAUACACCGAGCAUGGGUCAAGGGAUGUCAAUUGUGCAACCGACAAUGGUAAACGGGCCAAUUCUGCCUUACAGUAGACAGGGACAUAUCGUCGGAUAUGUCUAAAAGUCGCAGGCAAUGGUGAUGAAUACAAGAGAGCCUUCAACAAUGAGCUCAGGGGACGAUUCAGAUUCACACCGAGAUGAGAUAGAAGCUCGGGUUCUCCCAACAAGAAAGGAUCUUCAUUGUUCCGUGGUCUUGACUUGCCCUCAAAAGUGUCCUGGACGUCUUUUGCUGUUGCCUAGUGCGAUACCUAACAUGAUCUUUACAAGACGCAGUGUGAAGGCGACACAUUCAGAGGACAAAAAGUGAACUGAGUUACCAUGAGUCCAUAUUUCCUGAGAUCAGCAUCGCUUGCACUUGAAAAGUUGCAGACAAUCUCUUUCAGGAGCGGCUGGAACCUGUAUUGUAGUCCGUACCUCUAGCACAUGCA